GACGAUUGUUAAUUUCUUGUUAUAAGUAGAUUAAUAAUAAGUGUUGAUAAUGAUUAAUCUAAUAUAAUAUUCAUACUAUUUUAUUAUUGUUUUUCAUUGGCAAUGAAAAUUACCACCGCGGGCAAAGUGGCGCUAGCGUUUCAUAACAAACAUGGCCGACAUGGGUGUACAUAUUUGAAUCAACGUUCACUUAUGAAGUGACGUUUUGUAUUUAUUAUUAAAUAAUUAUUUAAGUUGUUUUAAAAAAAUGUUGACACUAACACUAGAUACAAUUUAUAAAUUCACUGAUUCGAAUAAUUGUUCGAGAAAUCUUGUAGAAGGUCAGAUUUGUUUAAAUUCUGGUAUGAUUAUAAUGUGUGGUGCUACAAAAGUGGAGAAAGAUCGUUUAGAAUUAUUUUCUUUAUGUUUACAAACGAGUGCGUUAACAAGUGAACCUCAUGAAAUUACAGGCGUCUUAUUAUUACAAGUAGAAAAUAAUCUUGAUAAGGUGACAAUUGAAAAAAUGCAUUGUUCCUGCAAAGCUGGCGCGAGUCAGAAGUGUAAACAUAUUGUCGCAGUUUUGAUAUUUUGCAGUAGGUUAGACAUUCUGAAACUGGAAAAAAUAUCUUCCACCGAAAGGAAAUGUCUUUGGAAAAAACAUAAAGUACCAGUGCUGGAGCAAUUUGAAGCUCAACCAACAAAAAUGUUUUGUCACGUCAACCAAGACAGAUUGCCCAGACUUUCUGAUAAUGAUUUGAAUGAAAUUCGAAAAGAAUUAAUUCACUGUGAUCGAGAAACCGCUGUAGCUAAGCAUUUUUUUAGAAAAAGAAAUGAGAGAGAAGAUCGUCGAAUUCCUCUGCAAAACAUUGAAAACUGUCAAAUUCCGUUGCGAAGUAUUGAAAAUACGUAUGAAUCUUCAAGCCCACCUUCCGAAAAUCAAUAUAUUAAUUUAAUUAUUGAUAAUUCGUUACUCUCAGAAGAUAUAUCGUCGUUAUCAAAUGUUGUUUUCAAGAUGAAGAAUUGUUGUCAAAAUGUUUACAAUUCGAAAAUUGUGUGCAAUGACGUAUUUCAAAAGGAAAUAAAUACAAAGAGAUCAAUAAUUGAAUGGAAAAUUGAAAGAAAAUAUAGAAUUACUGGUAGUAGAUGUUAUAAUAUUUACACGUAUUCGAAAAAUGAUUGGGAAAAUAAGUCUGUAAAAUACUUUUGGCCUACAGAAUUCAAAACUAAAGAGACAAACCACGGAAUUAAAUUCGAAGCAGAAGCUCGAGAAGCUUACAAAAAACAAUGUAAUUUACACGUUGAAGAAUGUGGACUGAUUAUUUGUCAGAGCGAGCCCUGGCUAGCGUAUUCGCCAGACGGUGUUGUUUUCAAUGAUUCUAAAUUAUAUCGGCUUUUAGAAAUUAAAUGCCCGUUCGAGUUAGAAAACACAGAACGAAAAACUUUACUGAAAAAAUGUAAAUAUCUGAAAAAGAACGAAGUCACUUUGAAAGAAAAGCACCAAUAUUAUGGUCAAGUGCAAUUAGGUAUGACCUUAUUAAACUUAAAGCAAUGUGAUUUUGUUAUUUAUUCGAGUAAAUCUAAAACAAUUGAAAUUAUAACUGUUGACUACGAUAAAGAAUUUACAACUAAGUUAUUAAAUACUUUGAAAAAGAACUAUUUUGAAAACAUGUUGCAUUAUAUAUGCUUAAAUUCAAGAGUAUUGUGAUUUUCAUGGAAAUACUUUUUCCUUUCAUGCGUGCAGUAUUACUAUGCCAUUUAAUUAUAAUUAUUGAACCAAAGAAGGAUUAGAAACGAGUAUUUUAAAUGUGUUUUAAUAGACGUAUAUAUUUAUCGACAUUGUUAAAAAUAUUUUUUUAAAAGUCACAAGUUGUUAA